CUCUAUUUUCUUAACAUUUUUGAUACAGUUCUGAGUUCAUACCCACGUCUGAAAAGAAAAUGAAUUUUUACUCGAUCAUAAACUUGGUGUAAUGUGGAACCAUUAAUGUCACAGGACAUCGUGAUCAGCACAUGUUAUCGCUCUGCACAAGGCUAGACAAACAGGAGCAGAGUUAUUUAAGAGAACGGUAAAAUAAUUUAUUAGAAUUCUCGAUAAAUUAUAGCUUGUUGAUGAUGAAGCACAUCUGACAUUUGAUGUGAUAAUACUGGUGUCAGAGAAUGGAUGUAAAGGAAGCCUGGGUGACUGCAUUGGCAGGUGGAUGUGCCGGAAUGUCUGUAGAUGUGACCCUGUUUCCAUUGGAUACAGUCAAGACCCGCCUUCAGAGUGAGGUGGGAUUUUCCCGGGCAGGUGGAUUUCGUGGGAUAUACUCUGGCCUGCCCUCAGUUGUAGCGGGAUCCUUUCCUACUGCUGGGCUGUUUUUCUGUGCCUAUGAAGGGGUGAAGAUUUUUGGCAGGGGGUACCUGAGUGAGAGCUGGGACCCAGUCCUCCAUAUGACAGCAGCCUCAACCGGAGAGGUGACUGCAUGUUUGGUGAGAGUUCCUGUGGAGGUCAUAAAACAGCGGGCCCAGGCGACGAGGUUCCCGUCAUCAGACAUACUAAGGGAGACACUGAGAACCGAGGGAUUUAGAGGCCUGUACAGAGGAUAUAUCAGUACUGUGUUAAGAGAAAUUCCUUUCUCCUUCAUACAGUUUCCAUUGUGGGAAUACUUUAAGAAAACUUGGUCUUCCUUUCAAAAGAGCCCAGUUGAUCCCUGGCAGUCAUCUAUAUGUGGAGCUACUUCAGGUUGCAUAGCAGCAGGAAUCACCACUCCGUUGGAUGUGGCUAAAACCAGGAUAAUGCUGGCAGAGACAGGGUCAGCUCUCUCUACUGGAAGUAUAUCAUUUGCCAUCAGAGCUGUGUACAGAGAAAAUGGAAUGCAGGGAUUGUUUGCUGGGGUGGUUCCCAGAAUGCUGUGGAUCACAGUGGGUGGUGCCAUCUUCCUGGGCGUCUAUGACAAGGCCAAGGUGGUGCUGUCCUCCGCCCUUAUGGACACCAGCUAACCCCAGGGGUGGAGUUAGGACUUAACUUUCCAUUAUUUGUACCAUAUUAGUAUCGUUUGUUGACUUAAAUUAUAAAGUCAUAUGUUGCCAAUGAGAUCUUUAUAUACUAUUUCAAUAGUGUGAAUGGUUAACCCUAGAAAUGCUAUUUAUUAAGUCUUGGACAUGAAAUUAAUGAUAAAAUUAUGUCUUGCCAAUGAGAUAUGUAACAUUGUUAAUAAUGUGUGCAGUAUGUACUGACAAUGUGAUUACAGAAUUCAACAUGAAUGAUAUACCUUAAUUGGUCAUGGAAAAACAUACCAUAGUGUUAACAUUAGGAGCUAAGCAGUAAAAUUCAGUCAAAGAAAAUUUCUAGUUGCCAUUAAAUUCACUGCAUUACAUCCAUAAUUCCUUAUAACCGCACAACAAAUUCAUAAUACCAGGCAUAGCAAUUAUUUUUAUGUACAUGUUUCUUUUCACAUGACCACCAAUUGUGUUUGUUGAGACAUAAUAAUUACUUAAAUUUAACUUCAUAAAAAUAUUUUUUUUAGAAAAUAAAAUUGUUAGAAUGUUUUAUAAAAAUUUGUUGUAUAAAAAGGUGUCAAUUUUGGUGGGUUUUUUUUACCUUUAUGGGACUCGAGACUGGUUUGCUCUGUCUCUGAAUUAUUCAAAACCGAGUUCAAUUUAUCCAAAAAAUUUUACAAAGAUUUGUAUAGAAAUUUUUGGACACUGAACAGAACUUUGCUAUAUCUGAGAUUUUACUGUAUCCAUGUUUGUACUAUACAAGUUUUACUGUAGUAAGACUUGAUUUCUACAUUGAUGUGGUUAUUACUAAAAAGAAAUAGCAAUUUAUAGAUAAGCUUAGUCUCUUUUAAUUUACCAUUAGUCUUUUUGGGGUGACAUUAAUUAUGAAGUUAUACAUUAAUGGGGAGGUCACUAUAUAGUAUAGUCAACAGUGUGUGAAUGACUGUUAUCCUAUGAAUGCAAUUAUUCUUGUAAAAAUGGUUAAUGGAAUUAUGUGCUUCCAAUUAGAUUAUUACAUAACACUUUUUAUACUGUACACAUAAUGUAUUGUUUGAUGUUAAUGUGAUUAUUAACAUGAACAUGAAUGUAUAGAUUCUACAUUGCAAUGGAAAACUUGAAAAUACAUUGCUAGUGUUUUUAGCUAUCGUUAGAUAUGAUUAUUAGGUUCUUAUGGUUUCCAUUGAGAAAAAAUAGUGAUUAAUACACUCAUUUUACAGUUGAAUGCAGUUUCCAACAUUAAAGUUGAAUGAAUAAAUUUGUUUUAUAGAGAA